CAAGUGACAAGUCAGUCCCUCCGGGGCCACCGUUGGAGGAGCUUCGUAGACACGUGCUAGAGCCCGGCCCCGCCCCGCCGUCCCCAUGCUGCCCCAGAGCUGGUGGCGCAGGCUGCUGCCCCUGCUGCGGAGCCAUGGCUCCCCUGGGCUGUUCCCCGCGAGCCGCCCUGUCGCCUCGGCCUUCUCCCCGACACGGCUGUGGCAUGGCCACAAAGCGAGGGGAGGCCGAGAGGAGACGGGCGUGGGAACCACGGUGGACCCCCGCCGGCUGGAGGAGAGCUUCGUGUUCCCGGAGUACGUCUCCGAGCCGGAGCCCGACGCGGAGCCGUCGCUGACGGAGGAACUGCGGCAGAGGCAGGAGCGGGAAGAGCGGGAGCUGCAGCAGCGGGACGAGCGGCGGCUGGCGCAGCAGCAGAGGCGGGCCCGGGAGAAGAGGCUGCACCCGGUAGUGGGGAGUCCCGACCCAUCCGUGCCGGCCAGUGGCAUGAGCUGCUCGGGCUGCGGGGCGGAGCUGCACUGCCAGGAGCCCUCGGUGCCUGGCUACCUGCCCAGCGAAAAGUACCGCCAGCUGCUGGCCGAAGCCGACGGGCUGGCCCGGGCCGUGUGCCAGCGCUGCUGGCUCCUAGUGCACCACCAGCGGGCCCUGCGGGUGUGCGUGAGCCGCGAGCAGUACCGGGAGCUGGUGCACGUCGCGCUGCGCCGCCCGGGGCCCGCCCUCGUGCUCUACCUGCUGGACUUGCUCGAUCUGCCCGACCCCCUGCUGCCAGAGCUGCCCGACUUGCUCGGACCCCGGCCGCUGCUGCUGUUGGGCAACAAGGUGGACCUGCUGCCCGCCGACGCCCCCGGCUACCUGCGCAGGCUCCGGGAGCGCCUGUGGGACGAAUGCGAGCGGGCCGGCCUGCGAAAGGCUCCGCGGGGGGCGAGGGUCCCGGCGGAGGGCGCGGUGCACGACGUGCUGCUGCUCAGCGCCAAGACCGGCUACGGCGUGGAAGAGCUCAUCUCAACGGUGCAGCGCUCCUGGCGCUACCGCGGCGACGUCUACCUGGUGGGCGCCACCAAUGCCGGCAAGUCCACGCUCUUCAACGCGCUGCUGGCUUCCGACUACUGCACGGCCCGGGGCGCCGACACCACGGAGCGCGCCACCAUCUCCCCGUGGCCCGGAACCACCUUGAACCUCCUGAAAUUUCCCAUUAGCAAGCCGACUCCUUACCAAAUGUUUGAAAGGAACAAGAGGCUUCGGGAGGAGGCGGCGCAGGUCGAGGAGGACCUCAGUAAGCCGGAGCGGGAGCGCCUCUACCGCCUGAAGAGGCAGGGCUAUCUGGUGGGAAGAGUUAGAAGAACAACAUCUACUUCACAAAAUGAGGAACCCACUUUUGAAUUUGAUGCCGAUUCACUCGCUUUUGACAUGGAGAAUGAGCCCCCCAGAAUAGCACCGGAUGAACCUGAGAAGCAUGUGGAAUUGACCCCUCAAGAAGUGAAAGACUCUCACUGGUUUUAUGAUACCCCUGGAAUAGUGAAGGAAAAUUGUGUCUUAAAUUAUCUGACAGAAAAAGAAGUAAAGAUUGUUUUGCCAACACAUUCCAUUGUCCCAAGAACCUUUGUUUUGAAACCUGGAAUGGUUCUGUUCUUAGGUGCUUUAGGACGCCUAGAUUACCUACAGGGAAAUACAUCAGCUUGGUUUUCUGUUGUGGCAUCAAACUUAGUUCCGGUACACAUUACUACUUUGGAGAAAGCAGAUGGCAUCUAUCAGAAGCAUGCUGGGCAAACCUUGCUUCAGGUUCCCAUGGGUGGAGUUGAAAGAAUGGCAGAGUUCCCACCUCUGGUUUCUCAAGACAUUACAUUGAAGGGAAUUGGGAAGCUGGAGGCUGUGGCCGAUAUCAAGCUUUCUUCUGCUGGCUGGGUUGCAGUAACGUCUCUAUCAGAGGACAAACUACAUCUUCGAGGAUACACACCGCAAGGAACAGCUGUGACUGUUCGGCAGCCUCCUCUCUUACCCCACAUCGUGGAGGUCAAGGGAGAACGAAUCAAGAAGAGUGUGGCCUACAAAACCAAAAAGCCACUUUCCCUAGUAGAUAGAUUGAAAUCAAGUAGCAAAAAAAAAAUAAAGUAAAAAAAAUUCAGUAAAUGUAGAGUAUUGCUAUAAAUUACCAAAACCAGUGUUUUCUAGGAAAAGAUCUAUAGUCUAUGUUUAUAUCAAUAAAAUUCAUUUUCUAUAGAAAGAAAAA